CAUCUCUCUCCCAUCCCUCAGCAAAGGUGACAGAGACAUCAUGAGAGUAUUCUUGACAGCAUCGGCUCUUAUUAAUCUCUUUGCAACAGCGAUGUCACUGAACUGUGAGUCCUGCUCGUUGCCAACUACCAAAUGCGAGGAAAUGGAGUGUAACGAUGAUGAGGUCUGUAGGCUGUCCGAGUCACGUGUGGAAAAAGCGAAGUUCACCGACAAGACGUGCGCCGCGCCAAACUUCUGCGACUUCUCGUUUGACACGGGGAAGAUUCAGCAGCGAAUCACCUGCUGCAAGAAGAACUUGUGUAACCGGCUGCCCAUGUCAGUGAAGAAAGGCGAGUUGGAGUGUUACGCUUGCACCGCGGAGGACUGCUCGAAGCCAUUGACCACGAUACAGUGUUUCGCGGAGCAGCUGAUGUGCGCCCAGGGAUAUUUCAACGGGAGUUACCGCUCACAACACGCCCGCUACCGUUUCCGUGGCUGCAUGAGUGAGGCGAUGUGCGUGGGCUCGCUGGGCCCGGGCGACCAGAUCGAUUGCUGCCGGGGCACGAAAUGCAACAAGUCCAGCGGCCACCGCCUCCGGCCGCUCCUGACCGCCUGCCUGCUGACGGCCAGCGGCCAACUGCUCGCCAGAGGCGCGUAGCGGCACGUUUACGCCCCGCAAACGGAGCCGUCCGAUCUCUCCACGUGUACGACACUUGAAUCCGAUACGCCACAACCCCCCCCGUCUUAAUCCAAAAAGAAAAAUACUUACUUAAAAAACGUAUGUUCGAGAAAGAACUGCAAGCGCAGGAAAAAUUUAAAAAGUGCCGGAGGAUCGCCGGCGGUGAAGGCUCCAGAUCGUCCCGAAUUUUUCGACGUACAAAGCACGCUCGCUUGACGUAACAUUCGAGAGAGAACUGAAGGUGCAGGAAAAAGUUAAGAAGUGCUGGAGGAUCUUAGCCGCUGACGGCA